AGGGCCUGGGGCCAAGGUGGGGAUGGGACUGGAGGUGAAGCUAGAGCCCGAGCUGGGAGGCCUGGAAGUAAAGCUGGAGCUGGCGGGGGGAGUGGAGGCGAAGCUGGAGUGGGACGGGCUACAGAUCAAGGUGGAAGUGAUGGACCACCCGGAGGAGAUGGUGGAAGUGAAAACAGAAGGAUUGGAGGUGAAGCAGGAGUUGAUAGAUGGAGUAGAGGUGAAACAGGAACUGAUAGAUGGAGUAGAGGUGAAACAGGAACUGAUAGAUGGAGUAGAGGUGAAGCAGGAGGUGAUAGAUGGAGUACAAGUGAAGCAGGAGGUGAUAGAUGAAGUACACGUGAAGCAGGAAUUGAUAGAUGAAAUAAACGUGAAACAGGAAUUGUUAGAUGAAGAGCAGGUAUUGAUAGAUGGAGUACACGUGAAACAGGAAUUGAUAGAUGAAGUAACCGUGAAGCAGGAAUUAAUAGAUGGAGUAAACAUAAAGCAGGAAUUGAUAGAUGAAGUACAAGUGAAGCAAGAAUUGGUAGAUGGAGAGCAGGAACUGAUGGACAGAGUAGAGGUGAAGCAGGAAUUUAUGGAUGAGCCAGAGGUGAAGCAAGAAUUUAUAGAUGGAGGGAAGGUGAAGGAAGAAUUUAUAGACAGAGUAUAUGUGAAGGAGGAGUUUAUAGAUGGAAUAGAGGUGAAGAAGGAAUUUAUAGAUAAACUAGAUGUGAAGGAGGAAUUUUUAGGUGGGCUGGUGGGGAAUAGAUGGAAAAUGAAGGAGUGGAUGUUUGAUUGGUUGGAGGGGCAGCAGAUGGGUAUUCCAGUGGGGAACAAAAUGGAGGUGAAGGAAGAGCUGAUGGGAGGAGAAAUGAAGACAAAUGAAGUGAUAGGAGAAAGAAGAGUAAAAGAGGAAAUGCCAGAUGAGGUGAGAGUGAAGGAGGAGGAGAUGAUGGGUGAAGCAGAAAUGAAGGAGGAGGAGGUGAUGGGCAAAGCAGAAGUGAAGGAGAUGUUAGAUGAAUUGAAAAUGAAAGACGAGAUGAUGGAUGGAAUGCAAAUCAAGGAGGAUCAGGAGCAGAUAAUAGUUGGAGUUCAUGUCAAGGAGGAGGUGAUGGGAGGAAUGGAAGAAGAGAAGAUGAUGGAGAGCAGAAUGGAGGAGAAGGAAGAAGCAAUUAAGGUGAAGAUGAAAACAGAAGUAGAGGUCAAGACAGAAGUGAAGAAGGAGAAUGGAAUGGAAGUGAAGAUAGAAAUGGAUAUGGAGAAAGAGGAGGUGAAGGAAGAAGAAAUGGAUGGAGCCUUGGUGAGGGAAGAUGGAACAGAGCUAACAGAAGAACAGGAGCCACAUAGAGAGCCACGAGUAGGCAGCAAGAGGAAGCUGGCCAUGUCAAGCUGUGAAACAUGUGGUAUGGAAGAAGCAAAGUACAGAUGUCCACGUUGUAUGAAAUGUUCCUGCAGUUUAGCCUGUGUGAAGAAACACAAAACAGAACUUACAUGCAGUGGAAUUCGAGAGAAGACAGCAUUUGUUUCAUUAAAACAGUUUACCGAAAUUAAUCUUCUAAGUGAUUAUAGGUUUUUGGAAGAUAUAGGAAGAUCAGCUGACUACAUUGCUAGAGAUAUUUUCUUGAAAAGACCCUCAACAAAUAGAAUUUUAAAUUACAUGAAAAACCGAGCACGGAGACACAAUAUAGACUUAAGAAUUUUACCAAUUGGCUUCACCAAAAGAAGAGAGAAUUCAACAAUGUUUGAUAGGAAAGAGCAGCGCUUCUAUUGGCAUCUGAAACUCCUGUUUCCUCAAAGUCAUGCUGAAUAUGUGGAAAAGGGAGUGCCUGGUGAUAAGAAGCUUCAUGAAAUUUUAAGAAACUACAUUGAUCCUGAAAAAUCUGAUCCUGUAAUUCGUCAAAGGUUAAAAGUUUAUGUCUUUUCUGAGACUGGAGUACAAAUUUUGAUGAAGAUUGAAAAUAUGCAGCAUAAUUUAGUCAGGUAUUAUGAACUGGAUCCUUGUAAAAGUCUCAUAGACAAUUUGAAAGACAAAGUGGUGAUUGAGUACCCAACAUUACAUGUGAUAUUGAAAGGAUCUAAGAAUGACAUGGUAAUCCUUGGCCAAGAGAGAAAUGAAUCUACUGAGAAUUUUGGCAGUGAAAAUCCAGCACUUUCUUCUGAGGAAGAAGGUGAAAUCCAAGAGAGUUCCUGAGGAAUAUGCAUUGGAAGUCUGAUUUGGGAAAAAAGGUUUUAAGUUUUGGGGGUUUUUUUGUUUGUUUGUUUUUUAAGUUUAAUUUUUUAAUUGCUAUAAAAAAAUUUUUUUGGCCCAGUUUUCAUGUGAGCUGCCCAGUCAAGUUUCAAAUUAUUUCUUUUCCUUUGAUCUUCUUAGAACUAAUCUUCCUGUUUUCAAAUGCUUAUGUAACAGAUUUAUAAACUUUACUCGUUGAUAUCUAAACGUUACUUAGAUAUUUUGAAGCAUGUAAACUCAGAUUCUUGCUAGCCAAUGAAGGAUUGGUGGGUAAGCUAUAUGACUAAAAGAAUUUAUUAAUGUGUAUAAAUUGGUGCUGGAGCAAUAAUCCAUGGUUUUGGGUUGUUGUUUUUUUUUAACUUCAUUUGUAUCUUUCUAUCUUGAGGGAAGGAAAAAUAAUAUUAUAACUGGGUAGUUUAAUGUGCAAGGCACCAAAUGUAAUCAAAUGGGGACUUUGGUAAAAUGUCUGAAGAAAUGGCAGUUCCUACUCCUUAAGCCCCUGAUAUACUUGCUCUCCUUAUUAGGAAUUACAAAUGUAUAAUGCCAUCUUCACUUCCAUCACCACCAUGUACUACUUCUCAUUAACUCCAUUAAAGUGUAUACAGAAUAGUCGGGUUUUAUAAUCUAUUUUUCAUUCCUAGCUGUACCUGAAAAACUUGGAAUCUGUGCUAGAGAAAUGUACAUAUGUGUAUUUAUUAUAGACAUUUAACAUUUUUAUCAUAUGGUAUCUUUGUACUCCUUAUGAUUUCACUUGUUGGAAUUACAAAGUUUUCCUAAUUUUGCUGGAAUUUCUUAAGUUGUGAAAUGACUGUAUAGAUUAAAGGAUUAUACAUCUGUACUGCA